AUGGGCAAGGAAGCAGUCGUCACAGACAAGGCCCCGAAAGCCUUGCCUGGAAUCUACAGCCAGGCAAUCGUGGCCAAUGGCUUCGUUUACUGUUCAGGUUGCGUGCCUAUGGACGCCGCAACUAUGCGAUUGAUCCCGGGUGACAUUCAAGCCCAUACGCAUCAAUGCAUCAAGAACUUGAAGGCAGUUCUCGAAGCGGCAGGGUCAAGUCUGGAGCACGUCGUCGAAGUCAAUGUCUUCCUCGCCGACAUGGGCGACUUUGCAAAGAUGAAUGAGAUCUACACCCAAUAUUGGGGAGAUGUCAAGCCGGCGAGAACAUGCGUGGCUGUCAAGACUUUGCCAGGAAACACGGACGUUGAGAUCAAGUGUGUGGCAGUCUUGAAGUAG